CCAGCGUAAGAACCCUAGUCACACCACGAUGAAGGCGCCUAUCGCGCUCGCGAGGGGCGGGGGAUUGGGGCUGGCGGCUGUCGCCUACAUUCUCGUGGAUUAUCUCCGUGUCGUGGCGCCGGGGCUGCACGACGCGCUGCGGCCGAUUCUCUGGGGAUCGCUCGCGCUUGGAGCUGCAUCGCGAGCUCCGUGGUACCCUCACUGGCCCGCGGAGAUCCGGAGCGCGCUUCUCUUCGUCGCCUGCCUUGUUUUCAUGCUCUCCUGCCUCGUCGUCGAGGCGAUCUCUGUCCAGUUCGUGACGAGCGUCCUCGGGCUGGAUUGGCACGGAUCCGCGAAACCUCUACCGGAUAUGGGGCAGUGGCUCUUGCUGGCUCUCAACGAGCGCCUCCCGGGAUUUCUCGUCGAGGUUCUGCGAGCACCGAUCAUAGGUUUGCACCAUUACCUCAUGCUCUUUAUAAUGCUGGGAUUCUCCGUGCUCUUUGGAUGCGUUAGAGCUCCGGGGCUCGCGCUGGGUGCCAGAUAUCUUUUCACAAUGGGUGUUGGAAGGCUUCUCAGGGUGGUCACGUUUCUCGGGACUAUACUCCCUUCUGCGAGGCCCUGGUGUGCUAGAGCAAGAUUUAGAGUCCCUGACCAUCCUCAUCCUUGGGCACAGAAAUACUAUGUUCCUUACUCUUCUGAUCCAAGCGCGAUCGCUCGGCUCCUACGUGAAGACUCGGCCUACGAUCAAGCAGCUGAGUACCCAGCUGAGUACGUUCCAAACUGGGGACGAAUGCAUUUCCUAGCCAACUUUCUCAGGCCGGUUGAUCCAAAUGCCGCCAACUUCAAAGAGGAAUCCUGGUUCAACACUUUGAAGAGAGCUGGAGGAGGCUGCAACGAUCUCGUUUUCAGCGGCCACAUUCUCGUUUCAGUGCUCACUGCCAUGGCAUGGACUGAAGCCUACCCGGGAUGGUCUUCGGUUUUCAUCUGGCUUCUUGUCGCACACUCGUCGCAGCGAGAGAUACGAGAGCGGCAUCACUACAGUGUGGAUGUCGUGUCUGGCAUCUAUGUGGGGAUUCUACUCUGGAGGACAACUGGUUUCAUCUGGUCAGCUGUAGACAGGCAUUGGUCUCGUGGAGUGGAUCUGGAACUGACGCAGAUCGAGGACGGACUGGCCAAGGCCGCCAAGGAUGCAGACCUGGACAAGAUCCGGGUUCUAGUUGAGCAGCUUCAGUCGCUCAGACAGGGAAAGGAAUCAAGCCAGCCGAAGAAGUCCGAGCCUUCACAGCGAGUACUUUGGGUGUUUGGAGGCAGUAUUCUAGUGUCUACUUUAGGCUUGGUGCUGCUAGCAUUCAGCUGGACUGCAGACGGGUAGGAAACAAACGGCACUACAGGGUCUA